AGCUCGCGCCGGACUUUCCUCGCCCUUGGGCCUUCUGGGUGCCUUCCUUCCCUCGUUUUUAUACCUUCCGCUCCUUGCGAUAUCCUACAAUGCGCUCCCUCAGUGCUUCCAUUGUGGCCCUUGCCGUCGCCUCGGCGGCGGUCGCCCAGGACCCCUGCGCGACGAUCGCAGGGAGGAAAUGGGUUGCGCCGGCCGACGUCCGCGCUUGCUACUCCUCGUUCGCUCUCAACACGACGCAUAAGGAUAACAUCAUUGAGGUCGUGAACAAGACCCUCUCCACCUUCCACGCCUCCACGAACUACCAGAUUCAAGCCCCGGAGCCGUACGCGGAGGAUGUGCACGAGGAUGUCCUUGCGGACCUUGCUAAGAUUCAGGGAACCGACUAUGCGUCGGACUACGAUCUGCACAUCGCGGUGCAGCAAGCCGUAGCACGCCUACAGGACGGACACUGCGUCUGGCGCAACUACUGCUUCGCCGCCUUCGUCAACUACCUCCCUACCCCGCUUGUGCUCUUGACGGACAGCGAGGGCGAGCAGAACGUCCACAUCGCCCCCGAGGCCUUCUCCGUCGCUUCCCUGGAGUUCGCCGAUCAGGUUGACGCCUGGCAAGAGGCUGUCAACGGCACCCUCGAGGAGCUCUCUGGUGCUCAAGUCGUCGCCAUUGAUGGGAAGGAUCCGUGGGACGCUGUUGAGGCGAACGCAGCUAUCGCCGGCAGCUACCAAGCCCACGCGACCCGCCAGAACGCUUUCUUCGCCAGCUACCAGCGCAACGCGAGCGCCUGGACGUACAUCUUCGGCCAGUUCGCGCAACAGUCGCUGCCACUGUCCGAUGAAGUCACCCUAACGGUCCUGAAGGAGAACGCGACUGACCCAGUGGAUGUUACUAUCCCUUACCGCUCCCGCAUCGGCUCCACCACUGCCGCCUUCACCGACGGCGCGUCCUACUUCUCCGGCAACUGCCUCGCGCAGAGCGAUACCAACGGCGUCGACUACUACGCCGACAUCGCGCCCAGCGCGGCGACCAAGAAGAAGCAGACCGGCCCCAAGCACAUGAUCAAUGCCAUCGUCGACGAGGUGCGCGCGGUCGACGCGGUGCUGCCCGAAGAGCUGCAGCCCACGGGCAGCCCGUUGGACGGUAGCUAUAGCGUGGCGCAGUAUUAUAUGCUGGAUGAGGAGACGGGGGUGAUGGCGCUGGGGAGCUUCUCGGCGGGGAGCUAUGAUCAGUUUUUGGGGAGCAUGUUGACGGGGCUGACGGGGUUGAAGGCGGCGGGGGCGACGAAGUUGAUUGUGGAUGUGUACAACAACGGCGGGGGAUACGUCUGUGCUGCUCAUUGGCUUCAUCGUAUUAUUGCCGGGCCCAAGAGCACGACCGAGCCGCAGGCUGGUCUGAACACGACUACCCGCGCUCAACCUCUCGCGCAGGCCAUCGUCGACUGGAUCGUCACCAACGGUUCCGACCCCAACCUCAACCUGCUUUACAACCCGCUCAACUGGCGCGGCCUCGACAACGAGUUCUUCGAUGCGAAGGAGGACUGGCUCGAGCCGCCUGUUGAAAAGAAAAUCAAUGGGCACGACGACUUGUUCAGCCAGACGCUCGGAAACGAGUGCCAGCCCGAGGGUUUCUUGGACACCGUGCCCGAGGAGGCGCUCUUCGACCCAACGAAGGUCGCCAUCGUGUCCAACGGGCGCUGUGCGAGCUCGUGCUCGUUGUUCUCGGUCACCAUGGCCAAGCUCGAGGGCGCGAAGACGGUCGUCGUGGGCGGGAAGGCGGACACGCAGCAGCAGUACUGCGGCGUCGUCGGCGGGCAGUCGACCUCGUUUGCGUCUGUCGACUCCGAGGUCAAGACCGCGCACCUGAAGGACCACCCGGCCGCUCCGCCUGAUUUGCUCGUCAACGGCUACCAGGGUGUAACUUGGCGCCUUGGCUAUGGCAUCGACAACCCCAAUGAGCCCGAGGAGUGGCAAGAUCGUCCGGCGGACGUGAACUUGCUGCUGACGAAGGACAUUGUGAACAAGCCGGAGGCCAUUUGGGCCGCGGUGGCGGCAUCGGUGUUCUGAGCUCUCAAGAGUGGGGGUGUUGUAUCUUGGGUCACUAUCGGGGAAGCAUGUUGUAGAUGUCUUGUGUACACUCAUGGCCUGUAAUGGCUUACCUGUAGUAUGGAUUCAGGGCUGCAUAACAAGGAGGUCGUAUAUACCAUA